AUGACACUCCAAGAACCUCCGCCAGAGGUAGCACAGCCGUUGGAAUCAAUCCAUGGCGCAAGCUCUGGUGCUCCAUCGAUAAGCCAGAGCAUCCAGAGCCGGAAAAGCAUCAAACUGUUUGCUUUGUUCAAGAACAUGACUAAGCAAUCGUCCGAGUCGAUAUCCGAAUCUCUAGCCUCCGAGCAACUCGCCGACGUGCCGAAGAAUAUCUCAAGCUCUCCGAUAUCCAAAACGCUGACUUGGUUCGCCAACAAAGAAGAUACAAGGUCUACGGCCACAGGCACAAGCUGGUUCGGCAAGGCCCCUUGGCACCGUAAAGACUCCAACGACACCAUCAGCAGUGCCACAAGUUCUGUUCGAGACUUUUUGGCAGGAAAGACCCCACCUGUCACGCCUGAUCCCGAGGGCUUCUUGAGUCGCCAACAAGACUCUACCCUGACGCCGUACCCUGCUGGAGUGAGUGCAUCCAGAUCAUCUUCGAGAAGUGUUCAACUGACCGUCACUUCAGGAAGCUACAAGGGUGAGAACUCCGCCAACGCACGAGGACACCGCGGAUGGAAAGCCACGAGGCUUUUUCACAGACAUGGUUCCACCUGGGGAAGACAGUGA